CCGAUCACUGCUGCCCGGUGUCCGGGUAAGAUGGCGUCGGAGGAGCAGUGCUCGGCGCCGCCACCGCGAUGGCAGUCGGUCUCCCUAACCCACGUAGAGUACCCGGCAGGUGAUCUGACUGGGCAGCUACUGGCCUACACUAGUCUGUUGCCCAUGGCGAUCCUGGUCGGCUUCGUCACACUCAUCAUCUUUAAGAGGGAGCUGCACACGAUCUCAUUCUUUGGUGGUUUGGUGAUGAAUGAAGGGCUAAACUGGCUACUAAAGCACAUCUUGCAGGAGCCUCGCCCAUGUGGAGGAGGCCACAGUACUGUAACGACAGAGUAUGGCAUGCCUUCCAGCCAUUCACAGUUCAUCUGGUUCUUCGUUGUUUACUUUUUCCUUUUUCUUUAUUUAAGAAUGCAUCAGACAAACAAUGCCAGGUGUGUUGAGUUGUUAUGGAGACAUGUGCUCUCAAUCAUCCUCCUGGGCGUGGCUUUGUCUGUAUCAUACAGCAGAGUUUACCUUCUGUACCACACCUGGAGUCAGGUGAUCUACGGGGGUGUGGCUGGAACAGUGGUGGGAGUUGUGUGGUUUUUCAUAACACAGGAGGUGAUGACACCCAUCUUCCCCAAGAUAGCAGCAUGGCCCAUAUCAGAGUUUUUCCUGGUGAGGGACACAAGUCUCAUCCCUAAUAUUUUAUGGUUUGAAUACACUGUCACCAGAUCAGAAGCCAGAAACAGACAACGAAAGCUGGGUACAAAGCUUCAGUGAUCUGCGCUGGGUCAAACUGACGAAAAAAGGACCACCCAUACGCACGCACAUCCUCUCACCCAUACACACCUACACGCACCCAUACAUUUCCACGAACAUGCGCUCCUACGUUCUCUAACACACUGGAGAUUUACCGUCUGGACUGUUCUGGUCGAUAUUUAAGGGCAGGACCAUUUUCAGGUGGACCAAAAGGGGAGAGGUCAACCGCGACCAUUAUUACCCAAGUGACCAGAGCGUGUGUGUGGUGGACCGCUCUCUCUGUCUCUCUCCUCUCUUUUCCGACACCUCAGUCCCCCCUGAACCCAAUCCCUCUUUCCCCAGACCGGCCCUAUGUUUCUGAUGCAUGCUGACCGUGCAAGAGGCGAAGCUAUUUAAUGAGAAAUGUAAUAUAUAUUUUAACCAUUGACGCACGCGGGCAAAAACAAAUACCCUGAAUUGUAGCUGAUGUAAAGUUGGGGGGGGCAAGAGAGCAAGAGAAGGCGUUUAGUGUGUAACCUUUGGCUGGCAUUGCUAACAGCAUGACAUUAGUAGACAGCUUAUUUUAUUUUAUUUUUCUUUUCUUUCAAUAACUGUUUGAGGGGGUCAAUAUAUGAAUGGGGAUUCUGUUAGGUUAGAUGUUUGGGCUUUAUAGAAGAACAGCAUUGAUAUAUUGGGUGGGAGGGUAGAAAGUAAUUGUUUUUUUUAUCAGAAUUGUCAGAAAGGAGGAGUUUUUUGGUAAUAUGUAAUAUCAAGUAAGAUAAUUUGCACUUUGUGAAUUUAAGUAAGAAAAAACAACUUUUUUUUUUUUUACUAUUAACACUAGUUACGUCGGAGAAAAUGAACAGUCUUUAAUUCUCUACUUUGUUUCUUUAUUUUUCCUGCUCUGAUUGACUGGCAGUGACUCCAAUCACAGCCAAUGUUUCUGAGGUGCAUGUCACACUCUGAGCUCUGAUUGGCCAGAAUCAUGUCCCAGGCCCUAUUAUUCACCAUUCUGACCCCCCUGUGCCAUGCUGUGCUUGAUUUACUGAAUUUGUUUUAAGUGGAGCCCAAGUGCUUGGGCCCCUGGACAUUGCUUGCUCCUUAGAUGAAGUUAGUGUUUUAGGAGUGUUUUGGACUGUUUCUCUUGUGUUGAGAUGUGAACAAAGUUAUUUAAAUUGCUUUGGUGAAGAGAAACCUACUCAGCGAGGGUAAUACAGUGAUUGAGAUUGGGAGUAAGGGUUCGCAUGAUCUGAAAGGUAAGAAAUGCUGUCUGUUCAGAAAGCAUUCUGAAUUAAAGUUUAGUAAACUAUCCUUUAAAAAUCCUAAAUACAACACAGCUGAACCCUCAUAUCUUGUAGUGACUGUGAACACCAAAGCAUCAAGUCAGCAAGUCUGAACCAAGAAUUAUGUGUUUGUCAUUGUUUAUAUGUAGUCCUGUUGGUUUUGGUUUCACACUGUAGAUUACUGCACUGAAAGACGUUGCUGCAUCGUGUCAUCACCUAUGUGGGCUGUGUUGCUGUUUUGUUGAAGGGUGGGAGGUCAAGUUGGUGGGCUUCCUUUAAAGGUGUUUGGCACAACACCAUAUUCUAUUGUUUAAUAGAUGAUGGCCUGUCUCAAUUUUUCGUAUUUUGUAAAUUAUUUGUAAAUCUGAACCGUUUAGAAAAGUGUUGUCACAUUGCAGACACACCAAAACAUGGUUCAGUUGAUCCGGGCAAAGAUUAACUCUUUUGGUUGGUCCAAAUUGAAAUGGACUGUGGUUUGGGGCACCUGUAACCUGCUGCUUUGUUUUUGACUAAGCUGAAAGUCCACAGAUCUGUACCAAACAGGAUAGAAGUGAAAGGAACGGUAUAUUCCACACCAGACUGCUCUGAAUGACUUUGUUUACAUCAAACUCAAGAGUUCUGCAGGAAAUUUUAAAUCAGGUUUUCCCCCCCUCCCCCUCUUUCCGUGUCUUGAUAUCCAUGCUUUCACACAGCCAACAGACCUGAUCCAAGAAAUCGGUGAAUUGACCUAAUAUAAUGUAUAUUUUGUUUAAAAUCUGAUUUUGUAACUUACUUUGUUAAAAUAGCUUCCAGUAAUCUUAAAUAUCAACUUAAUUUUUGAGUGACUUGGUAGUUAUAGUUACUAGUUAUUAUGUUCUAAAUAAUUGCACACUUUUCUUAUUACCUGGAAAUUUCAAGAAAAGAGAAUUAAAUAAAGUCAACUGUUAUUUAGAAAUGGCAAGUCAAAAAAAAUAAAAGAAUGAAUUUUAGACUAGGUUAAAUUGUUGGCAUAUUGAUAACGAACACAAAGGCCAACACAGGUGAUGCCAUAAUACACCUGGGUAUGGAUUUGAUCCAAAUGGGACAAUUACUUUUUUAUAUAUAAUAAACUCUUCUGUUUUAUCUAUCUAUCCUGUUGACACAUCCCAGAUCAUGAAAAGGCACAGACUGUCCACAACCAUUGCUAACCCUCUGCUCCUCAACAUCUGACUUCAUCUGGUAGCAUGGAAGGAGCAAACAUGCGCAACAGAAUGAAAACAAAGGAAAAAAUAAAGACACUGACCACUGAAACCUCAGGUGAACAUUAAGCAUGUGCUGACGAUGACUCUGGCAAGAACAAUGCCGAUGAUGCUGUUCUCCUGUUACCACGCCUAUGGAGAGAGUGCUUGUGAUGGGAUGUCCACAAAGGGAAGGGACGUUAUAGAAUAGCUCUCUUUAGAUUUUUUUCUCUUUUAUUUUAUUGUGUAAUUCAUAUCAGGCUGAAUAAAAGAGAUAAAUAUG